AUGGCGUCAGGGAAGGGGAGAGGCGAAAAUGGCGUCAAAAAUACGAAUUGGAAAGUAAACAGCUUGAUUAAGAAGAAGGGUGGCGGCCAUUCAGCGGCAGAACAUCGCCUUCUUCCGCGGCAGGGCUCCUCCGAGCCGGCCCGCCGCUUCGUGGCCGUCUUCUCCCUGAUCCAGAGCCACGCCCGCAGCCUGGAGCCGGCCGUCCACGCCUUCACCAGCGUGUACCACGUGUUCGACUUCGACGCGGCCACGCCCGCCAAUGGGUACCGCAGUCUGGUCAAG